GGCAAUAACUAGUUAGGUGAAAAGUUUCAAUGCAGCCGCGACAGAGAGGCAGUACUAUGCUCGGGAUUUCCACAGGCGGAAGUGCAGCCCAGCUACUGGCGUGACACAAGCCUUGACAAUGGUGCUCAAGCAGUGUCAUUCGCGACUCAAACGUUUGGGUGUUAACCACCCAGAAAACCGGUAUGACCUUUAUUUUAAUCAAAACAGAGUUAGCAAUUUUGUGACAGCGACCAAUUCCCCAAACAUGUCGGGUUUGACAGCUGUCAACAAAUCACCGUGUGUCCGGUGCAUCGUCAUUCCACCUUUGAGGAACUUUGAGAAGCCGCUCUGGGGAGGGAGACGAGCCGGAUUGAAGAUUAUGCACAUUUCUGCAGUGACACAGACGUCCGCCAGAGAGCUGAGUACCUCCAUCCAAGACCCCCAGUAUCUGAGACAAGAUGUUCCAAAGACUGACGGCGGGAAGCUGUUUUUUGAUACCCAUGCGGUGGUGCGACUCUUUGAGGAAAACGGCUUCACGACUCAGCAAGCUGAGGUGAUGGUUAAAGUGCUGGUGAGGAUGACGAACUCUAACAUGGAAGUCAUCUAUAAUGACAUGGUAACCAAAGUGCACCAGGAGAUCAUGUUGCAGCGUGUGAUGUCUCAAAUAGCAUCUGUGAAGAAGGACAUGAUAAUCCUUGAGAAGAGCGAGUUCACUACUCUACUGGCAGAGAAUGAGAAACUCAAGAUCCAGUUGUUGCAGUUCAAUGUCCAACUGGCUGAUGUCAUGAAUAAAGUGCGCUCUGACUCUAUUAUGGAGAUGAAUUUGGAGAAAAGUCGUUCAAAAGAAUUGAAAGUAGGGCAUGAGAAGAUGCUUCUAGAAACGCGAACUGAGAUUAUGGAAAUGACAGCAGACCAAGAUCGUCAUUUAACUCAGACCAACAUGAAAAUAGACACCGAAGUGGCUGGUUUGAAAACCAUGUUAGAAUCUCAUAAACUGGAUACUAUAAAAUACCUUGCAGGUUCAGUGUUCACAUGUCUCACGGUGGUCUUGGGUUUCUAUCGUGUUUGGAUGUAAGCAGGAUUAUGAUUUUCAUCUUCCAAAUGCCCUGAAUCUGCCAAAUGUCUUUUAUGUCAGAAGGUUUGCAGUCAUUGGUGCAAUGUUAUUCUUUUCUCAGAGGCUCUGCCCACAGAUCACUUGACAAAGUUUUCAUAAUAAUUAAAUUGUAACUCUUAUUAUUGAUUAGUUACCCCCUCAGAGCCGAUUCAUGUUUUAACUAUACCAUGGUUCUUUUUUGGCUGCCGGAACUUACUUGAUAAAUAUACUUAAAAGUUUUAGUAAGUCCAAUUUUAUUAUUAUUUUUAAUUUAUUGUCCAUGAAAGAAACACAAUUUUUAUUUUUUAUUUUGUAUGUAUAUAUCAAUCUGUAUAAAGAAGAUCAGAAGAAGAAUGGGUCACUGUGACUGUCAACCACUAAGCUAUAUUAUCACAGAUAUCUAUCUUUAUGAUUUGUGGACUUGUUUUAACAUGAUUGAUUAUUUUAAUAAAAUGAAUUGUCAAUAAAUGUAAACUUUUUGCCAGUGUCUCUUUCAAAUGAAAAUGUUGUUUUGGGAUAUAUUUGUU